AUGAAUAGCGAAUCGUCAGUUUUAUUACCUACGAAGGGACUCAUUGCUUUAGUUACUGGUGGAGCUUCCGGUCUUGGAAAGGCUACUGUCGAGUUCUUAAUAAACCGUGGACUGAAGGUAGCCAUCGUUGAUUUGCCAUCUUCAAAUGGCGCAGAAGUAGCCAAAAUUUGCGGUGAAAAUUGUCUUUUCAUUCCAGCAAAUGUGACAUCCGAAAAUGAGGUAAAAGCUGCAUUCGAGAUUCUGCGCGAAAAUUUCGGACGAGUGGAUGUAAUUGUUAAUUGCGCUGGAAUUUUAAUUCCCGGAAAGUUAUAUGAUACUAUGAAGAAAGAAAUGCAGAGUUUAAAGGAAAUUGAAGACACAGUCAACGUAGUGAAUGUAAUCGGUACAAUGAAUGUGAUUCAAUUUGCAUGUCAAAUGAUGGCUGAAAACGAAAAAGAUAAAGACGGGCAGCGAGGAGUUAUUAUCAAUGUUUCAUCAAUUUGCGCAUAUGAUAACAACUCGCUUCAUGCAUAUUCAGCAUCGAAAGGAGCGAUUUCUAGUAUGACAAGUCCUCUUGCUUUCGAAUUUGCAAAGCAUGGAAUACGAUUCAUGGCUAUUGCUCCAGGCCUC